GUUUUAAUAUUUUUCAUAUACCUCGAUGGUUUGCUUGUGCGUGUGAAGUGCGUAUACUGUGUUCGUGUCGUUACUACCGUUUUUUUGUUGUAAAUUUGUAUAUUUUUGUGAUUUUUGCUGUGAUAUCAUAUCUAUAUCGUUAUAUUAUCAGUGCGCCAAAAAUUUAAUCUCAUCGCGUGUUGUUGUUAUUUGGGUAAGAAUACUGUGCGGUCGUGUAGUACACUGUUGGAUAACGCACGCAUUACUUUUGGAUUAACACAAAUCUUACAACGACCCAUAGUCGUCCCUCGGGAAUCGACAUUGCAGGAUACAGGUGGUUGACUAUGCGGUGGUAAUCAAACGACGGCGAUGGGCCUGCCGCUAUGGUUGUGCCUGUUGGCGGCGGUAGCCGCGGUGGCCGGCGAACACGAACGGCACCUGGACGUGUCCGAGUCGGCGCCGGUCGGCACCCGAAUCGGUUUCAUCGGCGACGGGUCCAAAGACAGCGGGCCGCCGUACCUGAUCGUGCCGGUGCCGGGUAGCGCGGUGGACACCGACCUGAUAACGGAACAGAACACGGGCGAAAUAAGGACGCGAGUGCCACUGGACAGGGAGACUCGGGCGUCGUACACGCUAGUGGCGAUACCGUUGAGCGGCGAGAACGUGCGCGUGGUGGUGCGCGUGAUCGACGAGAACGACAAUGCGCCCACGUUUCCCAGCCCGUCCAUGCACGUCGAGUUCCCGGAGAACACGCCGCGGGACACGAAACGGACGCUGAACCCGGCGCGGGACUUGGACCUGGGACCUUACAAUACGCAGCGGUACGCGAUCGUGGCCGGUAACGUGAACAACGCGUUCAGGCUGUCAUCACAUCGCGAAAAAGACGACGUGCUGUACCUGGACCUACAGAUCAACGGUUACCUAGACCGUGAGACGACGGCCGCUUAUCAUCUGGUGAUCGAGGCGUACGACGGCGGAUUGCCACCACUCAAAGGCGCCAUGACGGUCAACGUGACGGUGUUGGACGUGAACGACAACCAGCCCACGUUUAACCAGAGCCGGUACUACGCUACCGUGCCGGAGAACGCUACUGUGUCGACGAGCAUACUGCAGGUGCACGCCACCGACGUGGACGACGGCGACAACGGCGUGGUCGAGUACUCCAUUAGUCGGCGACAGAGCGACAAGGAGGGCUACUUCACGGUGGACAGGCAUACGGGAGUUAUAUCCGUCAACCGGCCGCUAGAUUACGAGACGCGCGAGGUGCACGAACUGGUGGUGGUGGCCAAGGACCGAGGCGACCAGCCUCUGGAGACGACGGCGUUCGUCACGGUGCGUGUGGCCGACGUCAACGACAACCAGCCGGAUAUCAACGUGAUAUUUCUGAGCGACGACGCGACGCCAAAGAUUUCGGAACGCGCACAACCCGGCGAGUUCGUCGCCCGCAUAUCCGUCCACGACCCGGACUCGAAGCAGGAGUACUCGGACGUGAACGUGACGUUGCAAGGUGGCGACGGCCAUUUCGGGCUGACCACGCAGGACAACAUCAUCUAUCUGGUGAUCGUGGCGCUGCCCUUGGACCACGAGUCUCAUUGUGCCAGAUGUGUCGCCACAGAUACAGGCAGCCCACACUGCAUGCGUCGAACGUUUCAUCUGCUGGUGACGGACAUCAGCAGCAACCCGUGUUCUCCAGCGCCAGCGGAGCCGGGCACGUCCGUGGCCCGGGUGGUGGCCACUGACGAGGACGAGGGCGAUAACGCGGCACUCACGUACAAGAUGCGCGACCCGCCGCCACCGUGGUUCCAGGUGGACCCGCUGACCGGCGUGAUAGCCACCCGGGACCGGAUGGACUGCGAGCGCGACCCCGAGCCCACGUUCGUCGUGUUGGCCGUCGACAACGGUCGACCUCAACAGCUGACCGGCACCACUACGGUGCACGUGACCAUACACGACCUCAACGAUAAUGAGCCGAUAUUUGACCAGAGUUUUUACAACGUGGACGUGUCAGAAGAUAGAGCUGUCGGAUCGUGUGUCCUCAAGGUGUCGGCGUCAGAUCCGGAUUGUGGUAUCAAUUCUAUGGUGAACUUCACGCUAUCCGAAAACAGUGGACCAUUUUUCAUUAAAUCGGCAACCGGUGAAAUAUGUCUGACCAAACAAUUGGACUACGAAACCCGGAAAUUGUACGAGUUUCCGGUGAUAGCAACUGACAGGGGUGGAUUAAGCACGAGUGCCGUGGUAAAGGUGGACGUGCAAGACGUCAACGACAACUGGCCCGUAUUUUCACCCUCCGAAUACAAUGUGUCCAUCGUUUGGAGCUCCACUGAACAAGGACCCAUCGUCACGGUCCGAGCAAAAGACGCGGAUUCUGGAUCAUUUGGCGUUGUUUCCUACUAUAUAAUGUCUGCUAAAGGACCUGACAGUGAGGAUACAGAGACAUUGUUCCGGCUGGACAGUAAUAGCGGUGAGAUAUGGGCAGCACAACUGCGGUCAGGAGUUUACAGACUGAUGGUGGCCGCUAGGGAUGGUAGCGGUUACGAGGCCGCACAAGUGGCCCAAGUCCGAAUUACUGUGUUGGCCGCAGACCUGGCCAAACCAUACGCUGUGUUCGUCAAAUCUCAAUACUCGUUUACAGUGCCAGAGGACGCACCCGUGGGCACUGCCGUCGGAAACGUGGCAGUGUCGCCCAAUCAGUCAGGUUUAGACGAUUCAGAAUCUCUAAGGUAUGCCAUACAUUCGGACGAAGCAAACGGAUAUUUCGCUAUAGACCCGAUAAAAGGAACAAUCAAAACUACAGCCGUGUUAGAUCACGAAUCAUUCGAAUCGGUUCUACUCAACGUCAAAGCCUACUCGGCGACGAACAAAUAUUACGGAGCGCACACUCAAGUAAAUAUAAUAAUCGAAGACAUAAAUGACAAUUCGCCACAUUUCGAUUCGAGUUCGGUGAGAAUUGCCAUACCAGAAAACGUAGCAACAGGAUCGCCGAUAUACACGGCCCAUGCAACCGACCCAGAUUCCGGUACCAAUGGAUUGGUACAUUACGAGCUAAUUGCCUCCACGCAGGAACCAUCGUAUUUCCAGGUGGACCACAACCGCGGUACGAUCAGCUUGAUUCACGGGCUGGAUUAUGAAACAGUUCAUAGACUAACGGUUACCGUCAUCGCUAGAGAUUCGGGGGUGCCGUCCCUGUCUGACAACAUGACACUGGUAGUGGAUGUCCAGGAUAUCAACGACAACCCACCCGUAUUCGAACGGCCACAUUACGCGGCCACUAUUUUGGAAUCAUUGCCGGUCAACUCACAGAUCGUGCAAGUGACCGCGUUGGAUGGCGACAGUGGUAACAACGCUCGGGUCACGUACCGUGUGUCCAGCGGCGACAGUGGUGGAUCGCUGGACGUGCACCCCACUACCGGAUGGGUGUACGUUAAGUGCUCGCUGGACAGGGAAACGCAGGAUACUUACGAGUUGACAGUGGUGGCCACGGACAACGGGUCACCAGCACCAUUGGCGGCCACCGUGGUCGUGGUGGUAACCGUAGCCGAUGUUAACGACAACGAUCCCGAAUUCGACAAGGAGUACUACGAAUUUCACGUGGAGGAGAACCGGCCGGCGGGCACUGUCUUCGGCGCUGUGUCGGCCACAGAUCGCGAUGCCGGCGAUAACGCGCUCGUCCGGUACUCGCUCAUACCGUCCAACUCGAGUUUCAACAUCAACCUGUACUCCGGCGAACUAAGUACCAAAGAGCCAUUGGAUCGGGAAUCUCGGGUUUGGCAUGAAGUGAUCGUCGAGGCCAGGGAUCAAGAUGGCGGAGUCAGAGGUCGCAGCAAGCGCGUAAAAGUCAAGAUAGCUGUGACGGAUGUCAACGACAACGCGCCCGUUAUCGUGGACCCACAACAAGACGUAGUAGCGGUUCGCGAACAGCAGCCGCCCGGUGUCGAGGUGGUCACUGUAAAGGCAACCGACCCUGACCAAGGCAAUAACGCUACGCUCACAUAUUCCAUACUCAAAGGGCGCGAUUCCGAUGGAAACGGCGAGUUUUUCAUCGACCGCAUCACGGGCGUGAUCAGAACCAAAGUUUCGCUGGACCAUGAAGAAAAAUCAAUGUACAGACUUUCGGUGGCGGCGACGGAUAACGGACAUCCACCCAAACAAACGAUUCGCAUGCUUAGGGUCGAGGUGCUCGACUUGAACGACAACCGACCCACGUUCACCAGUUCCAGUCUCGUGUUUCAGGUAAAGGAAGACGCGGCCGUGGGUAGCAUAGCGGGCCGCAUAGCGUGUUCGGAGGGCGCGGGCGCCGCGUCAGCGGGCCGCGGCCAAGUCAAGUACACGCUCCGGCAUUCGGACGUGAGCCAGCAAGUGUUCGACUUGGACCGGAGCACGGGAGCGCUGAUCGUAGCCGGCCGGGUGGACCGGGAGACGAAGGCGACGUACGAGUUGGAGGUGCACGCGCUGGACACCGGCGCCAGCACGAACCCGCAGAGCAGCUCGGUGUCGGUGCGCGUGGAGGUGUUGGACGUGAACGACAACGCGCCCCGGUGGCCGGACGACCCGGUCGUGGUGACGGUGGCCGAAGACGCGGCCGUCGGCUCGGUGGUGUACAACUUCACGGCCGCGGACGCGGACGCGGAGGCCAACGCCGAGCUGCGGUACACGUUCGUGCAGCACGGGCACCCGACGCAGCAGCACCGCGGCCCCGAGGCGGCGUUCUCGCUGGACCCGCUGACCGGCAUGCUGACGCUGGUCGAGCCGCUCGACUACCGAGACGACACGCGAGUACGUGAUGGUGGUCGGGCCACCGACCAGGCGGUCAACGUCACCGAGCGGCUGUACGCCGACGUGACGGCCAGGGUGGUGGUGCAGGACGUCAACGACAACGGGCCCAGGAUCGUCUCGCCGACGUUCCGGCGGCUGUACGCCGACGGGUCCGCCCGGCCGGGCGAUUGGCUCUGCGACGUGGUGGCCGUCGACCUGGACGCCGGCGACAACGGCCGCGCCGUGUACACGAUCACCGGCGGAAACGACCACGGGACGUUCGGCAUCGGCUACGACACCGGCGCGCUGGUGUUGGCCCGGUCACCGGACACCGGCAGGAAGCACACGCUCAACGUCACGGUCGCGGACAGGGGCACGCCGGCCAGGUACGCGCACACCGCGCUCGAGGUGGAGUUCACCACGAGCGCCGAACAGUCGGUGAGGUUCGCCCAGAAACUCUACGCCGCUAACGUUUCCGAGGACGCGUCCGUCGGCAGUUUCGUCACCAAAGUCACGGCCAACUCAAACGACAACCGAAUUUCUUAUAGUAUACCCGAAGGUGUGGCCGACAACUGUUUUCGCGUGGAUAAAGACCGAGGAAUAGUGACAUUGCAAAAUCGAAUAGACCGCGAGCGGACCUCUCGGUAUGUGUUGCCAGUCUACGCGACGGAUGAAGUGAAAUCAAGCACGGAUGUAGUGACACUUGAAGUGGGCAUAUUGGACGUAAACGACCACAGUCCUAGAUUCAAACACGACUCGUGUCACACACUAAUGGUGCCCGAAAACCAAGAACCGUCCGUGAUUCGCACAGUGGCUGCCAUGGAUCCCGACUGGGGAUCCAACGGUCAGAUAGUGUACAGCAUCAUAGGCGGAAAUGGCGGCAACAAGUUUCAUCUGGACCCAAAGACUGGUGAAUUGACAGCCAAAACGCUGGAUCGGGAAGUACAGGCCAAAUAUCAGCUGCAGAUAGCUGCACAGAACCGCGGUAGUACGAUGGACGGCCAUUGUAAUUUGACAGUGAUCGUUGAUGACGAGAACGACAAUGACCCGAACUUUGAACAGAACAAGUACGAAGCUGUCUUAUUGGAAGACGUGCCAGCUGGCACUAAAGUAUUGGUCACUAAAGCGCACGAUGCGGACAUAGGCGUGAACGCCAAGAUAACAUAUUCGCUGUCCAAUCAAACGGAAAACGUUUUCCAGAUCGACAACAAGACCGGAGUCAUCACCACCGUAGAAAGUCUCGACCGUGAACGGCAACCGAAUUAUUGGCUACAAGUCGUAGCUAGGGACGGUGGAAAAUACAAUCCAAGGUCGUCCACAACGCUAGUACAUAUUAAAGUACUGGACGUUAACGACAACAUACCAGUGUUCACGAAAUAUCCGUUCACAGCGGAAAUUCCGCCACAUGUACAACCCGGAAUGGACAUUGUUAAGGUGUCGACCGUCGACAAGGACGAAGGUUCCAAUGCCGAUGUUUUGUAUUCAUUCAAAGAAAAUCAAGAAGCCGCCGAUCGAUUCCGAAUUAAUCCCAAUACUGGUGUAGUGACGGCAUCGUCGAGUCUAGCGUCGGACAAUGGUCAAGUAUUCCACUUGGAAGUAAUAGCCACCGACAAAGGAAACCCACCACAAAGCUCAUCAGGACUAUUAGAGAUAAGGAUUGGUGAAAACUUUGAUCGGAUCCCUGUCAUGCGGUUCAAAAACUCUACAUACCACGUAACAAUACCGGAAAAUUUAGAACAACACAAAGACGUGCUCGAGAUUUCGGCUUAUCGAAGUGACGGUCGGAAACAAAAAGUUUUCUAUAAAUUAGCUCCAGUCAAUAACGAGAACGGGUUGUUCUACAUCGACGAAGAAACGGGCGUGAUACGGGUCGGCCGAUCGGAAGGUUUGGACUACGAAACGUACAAAACUGGUAUACACUUGGUGGCCAUCGCACAAACUGACGCUCCUGCGUCUGUAUUCAUGUGGGGAUACGCCGACGUCUGGAUACACCUUUCCGACCAAAACGACAACAGCCCGGUGUUUACGCAAAAGGAGUACACAGCAACGGUGGCCGAGGGCAACUCUAAAGGCGCGUUCGUCGUCAAAGUUGCUGCGAUCGACUUGGACGACAACGAGAACUCGAGGCUGUCGUAUCAUCUGGUUGACGGUAACCACGACAAUGCUUUCGUCAUCGAUCCAACCGACUCCGGCAUAGUCAAGACCAACAUUGUGCUAGACAGCGAGAUCAGGGACACCUACAAGCUAACCGUCAUUGCUACCGACGAGGGUACACCUCAGAUGACCGGUAUGGCCACCAUCCGAAUCAUAGUUAUCGACAUCAAUGACAAUCGGCCAUCAUUUCCACCGCGUAGCGCCAUUAAUGUCAAAGAAGGUCUAGAAGUAGGAAGUAUGAUAACAACAGUGGUUGCUAACGACGUGGAUACGUAUCCCACGCUGACCUAUUCUUGGACGCCCUCUGUGGGACUGUUGGAACGGAAACUUUUCGCACUGGACAGGUAUAGCGGACGAGUGUCGUUGAUUGGAAGUCUAGACUACGAACAAACACGGAUGUAUCGGUUGGGUGUAAUUGUCUCCGAUUCGGAACACACGGCCUCCACAGAGCUAACCGUUAUGGUGACUGAUGACAACGACAACUCUCCAGUAUUCGAUCGUCCUUACUAUACUUUCACGAUGACAGAAAACGUUUACGGGGAAUCAUCAAUGAAAGUGCUGGCAAAGGACUUGGAUUCUGGACUGAACGGACAGAUUAAAUACGGACUUGUGAACGACGUAAAUGGAUUCAGGAUCGACCAGCAAACCGGUGUCAUUACUGCGAACCGACUAAAGUUUGAUCAAAAAUUACUGCAAAAGGGAUUUGUUGAUUUGUUGAUAUCCGCUACCGACCUAGGAACUCCUCCACUUUCAACUAUUAUCGCGGUUCGCGCUAAUAUACAAAAUACGGCACAUUCAAACACGGUGAAAUUUACACAAAACGAAUUCAGAGUAUCGGUUCGGGAGGACAUUGUUUUGGGAGAAUCGUUUUUGAAAUUGUUGCCUAGUUAUACAGCAGAUAGCUCAGCACAGUUUAAAAUCGUCGAAGGUGACGAUGAGAAAAAUUUUGAUCUCAUAAGUCCAACCGGUGAACUUUUCGUAAAAAAGCAUCUGGACCGAGAAACACGCGAUAUAUAUUCACUCAAGAUCACAGACAGCGUGAACAGUUCAUACGUAUUUGUCCACGUAAUUGUGGACGACGCCAACGACAAUGCACCUCAGUUCGUGGUGAACGAACAACAAAGUCUUUUGUCUUUGCCAGAAAACACACCCAUCGGACACUCGAUCGUCCGAAUGGUCGCCAACGAUUUGGACAUGCCACCGAACUCGGAAAUUUCAUAUGAGAUAACUUCGGGUAACAGCAAAAAUUACUUCGAUAUCGACCGAAACACCGGUGACGUAUAUGUCAAGUCGGUGUUAGAUUGUGACUUGGAUGUUUCCGAACACAAUCUAAUAAUCAAAGCUCAAGACAAUGCAAAAUCGCCGGAUCAGCAACUAGCCACAGUGAAAUUGCUCAAAAUACAGUUGGAAGACAUUAACGACAAUACUCCACGAUUCCCCGUCUCGGAAUACUUAGAAUUUGUGGGCGAAAACGAGCCAAUCGGCGCGCUGGUGUUCACAGCUAAGGCAACGGACGCAGACCGCGGUUAUUAUGGACAACUCAAUUAUUCAAUCGCGUCGUCGGCCAGUUAUUCGGGUGCUGACGAUUCGUGGAAAAUGUUCAAGAUAGACGCGUCGUCGGGCCUAGUUACAACCAACGCUGUGUUCGAUUACGAAGUAAGGAGCAAGUACACUUUUACGAUAAUCGCCAGCGAUGCUGGUGACAAAAACGCCAAGGUCCGUGUGAAAAUCGAGAUCGAAGGUAAGGACGAGUUCGCGCCGCAAUUUAUCGAGCGGACUUUCAAGUUUAUGGUAAACACAGUUGACUUGCCCGUGGGCUACGUAAUCGGACACGUGUCGGCCACAGACAGAGACAAAGGACCGGAGGGACGGGUUGUAUACCAUUUGACCACACAAAACGCGUACUUCAAAGUAAAUCGGACGACAGGGGCAAUAAUCGUGAAGAAGAAGAUCGAUGGAAACUUUGACGCGACGCAGGACAUAAGCCUCGUGGUGACAGCCAGUUCGGGCAAACAAGGUUCGCUGACUAACGUCAGCGUGGUCGAGAUAUCGUUCGACCCUAUGUCACAACCCGGCCUGAACCUUGCUAGCAGUAGUUCGUCUGGCAACGGCAUAGGUGGCGGCGGCAACGGCCAAAACGUGGCGGGCGCUUCCGGUGGAAGCUUAGUAGACUGGAUUAUCGGCAUCCUGUCGGUAAUUUUACUGGUAGUCCUGCUGCUUGGAGGCAUCAUGUUCUACUUUCAUCUCAAGAACAAGCAGCACCGAAACAUCAACAAACCCGAGCUGAGCGGACACCAGCGAACCGACAACACGUACGUGGACCCCGGCGCUUUUGACACCAUACCAAUAAGGGGCGUGGGUGGCCCGCAGGUGGUCGGCCAGUUCGCGCCGCCCAAGUACGACGAAAUACCGACGUACCGAAACAACAGCAGCACCACCAAUUCCGGGGCGGCCACCACGUCAGACCUGUCGGGUUCGGAGAAAUCGGGUUCCAGCGGCCGGGGGUCGGCCGAAGACGACGUGGAAGACGAGGAAAUCAGAAUGAUCAACGAGCGGCAAAACGCGGACGAGCUGUCCGAGGUGACUGCGGCACGCAACACGCAAGAGUACCUGGCUCGGCUGGGCAUUGUGGACGCGCAAACGGUGGUGCAACAGGUACCGCCACACCUGCCCGAGGAAAACCGACGGCUAUCGUCGUCCAGACGGCACCGCAGGCCGAUGGAGAACAUCGACAUGUACGAUGAGGACGAGGCCACCGACGGUGACAUAACCAACAUGAUAUACGCCAAACUCAGCGACGUGGGCAGCGAACGCGGCGGCGGCGGCACCGGAACCGGCACGGUCGGCGGGUCCGGCUGCGGCGAAGAAGACGGCGGCGGUGGGGGCGGCGGGAAGUCGUCGAACAGCACCGUUUACUCGGGCUCAAAGGUCCCGCCCCCUCAGCCGUCCAUGGUCGGGUCGCUCAGCUCGAUCGUGCACAGCGAAGAGGAGCUGACCGGCAGUUACAACUGGGACUACCUGUUGGACUGGGGCCCGCAAUACCAGCCACUGGCGCACGUGUUCAACGAGAUCGCCCGGCUAAAGGACGACGCCAACUCGGUGAAGAGCUCCAACAGCGGCGCCGCGUCCACGAGCGGAGGUAGCGGCGCGGGCGGCGGCGUCAAAAGCGCUUCCGGCAAGAAGUCCAACGUUCCUAAUCAACAGCAGCAGCAAAAGAGCGCGCCGCCCCCGCCCCCGCCACUGUUGACCAACAUGGCGCCCAGGGCCCUGUCCUCGUCGCGGCAGUCGGGCGUUUCGCAGCAGCACCACCACCAUCACCACCACCACAACCAUCACCACCAGGCCGUGCCGCCGCCCAUGCUGCUAGUGCCCCGGUCGCCGAUCAGUCACGAGACCAGCCCGGGAUUCAGCCAGUCGGUGGCCAUGUCGCCGUCCUUCUCGCCGUCCCUGUCGCCGCUGGCCAACCGGUCGCCGUCCAUAUCGCCGCUACACUCGGCCGCCUCCACGUCGGCCCGGCAGAGGCACCACCAGGCGGCGGAGGCCGAACUCAGGCUGUGAUGGUGACGGCCGCGCGCGGUGGCCGAAAUCCGCUGUCCAAACGGCCACGGCCGUCCAAAGGGUGCUGUGCGCCUGUGCGCGCCACACAAUAAUUUAUAGUCAAAUCGCACUUGCACUCCGCGACCCGUUUCGAACGGCGUCGUGGUCGCCGCGCGCACCCUUUCGGCGGUUGUCGCGUUUUGCCCCUCGUUUUACCAUGU